GGGCCGCGCCGGUGCCACCGGCGGCUGAGGCGGUACCGGCGCCGCCGCGUGGCUGCGAGGCCGCGCCCACAGCGCUUCCGCUGCCCCCGGUGCCCCCGGGGCGGUGGCGCCUCCGCCCCGCCCCGCCCUGCCCUACCCGGCGCCGUUGUGGCGGCGGUACCGCCGCGCCGAGCUUUUCUAUUGGCUGGCGCUUCUCUCGCGCGCCGCCCCCCGCGCGCUCCCAUUGGCUGCGCGGCGCGAGGGCGGGGCCCCGGCGCGGCCCCUCCGUGCUCCCCCCGCUGCCCCGCGCGGGGGUUCCGCCGCCCGCCAGGCCCCGGGCACAGGAAUCCCAAGAGGAAUCCGUAAAUCCCUGGAUUUUUGCCCCUGGAAGCUCGGGAUGCAUUAGAAUUCCAAGGAUUCCCUUCCCCUAAGGAAUGCAGCACCAUGCGCUGCCUGGCCCGCCUCAGCUCCAAGGCGCUGCUGGUGCUGUGCUCGCUGCUGGCGCUGCUCUCGCUGCUGCUGUGGGCGCGCUGCCCCCACGGGCCCCCGGGGACCCCCCUGAGCCCCCCGGGGCGCCGCGGCGGCGCCGACAGCGAGGAGGCCUCGCCCCGGGAGCCCCCCCGGAACGCGGGGAGCCCCGGGAAUGUGGGGAACCCCGGGAACGCGGGGAGCCCCGGGCGGGCGGCGCCGCGCUACGAGGAGAUCGACUGCGUCAUCAACGAGGAGCAGACGGUGAAGGGGCGCCGCGAGGGCGCCGAGGUGUUCCUGCCCUUCAGCUGGGUGGAGAAAUACUUCCAGGUGUACGGGCGGCUGGCGCAGGCCGACGGGCGCGAGCGCUUCGAGUUCUCGCACAGCUACUCCAAGGUGUACGCGCAGCGCGCGCCCUACCGCCCCCACGGCGUCUUCAUGUCCUUCGAGGGCUACAACGUGGAGCUGCGCGACAGGGUCAAGUGCAUCAGCGGCGUGGAAGGAGUUCCUCUCUCCACGCAGUGGGGCCCUCAGGGCUACUUCUACCCCAUCCAGAUCGCCCAGUACGGGCUGAGCCACUACAGCAAGAACCUGACGGAGAAGGCGCCGCACGUGGAGGUGUACGAGAGCGGGGACGGGGACGGGCAGUGGGCCGUGCCCAGGGGCUGCUCCCUCGCCACCGUCUGGGACCAGUCCCGCCUCACCGCGGUCAAGCAGUUCUCCUGCCCAGAAAGCUCCGAGGGCGUCUCCCUGGAGCUCAACAACCCCCGGGAUUUCAUCAUCUCCUUCGACCUGAAGCUGCAGGGCAACGGCAGCGUGUCCGUGGUGCUGGAGACCACGGAGCGGGGCGCGCCCUUCACGGUGCACUACGUGUCCAGCACGCAGCUCAUCGCCCUGCGCGACAGGGACAUCUUCUACGGCGUGGGGGCGCGCGCCGCCUGGAGCACGCUCACCGCGACCUGCUCACACGACCUGCGCAAGGGCGUGGGGCUCUCCAACACCAAGGCCGUGAAGCAGACCAAGAUCCUGCCCAAGCGCGUGCUGCGCCUGGUGGCCCGGGGCCGCGGCUUCCUGGACAACGUCACCGUCUCGGCCACGGCGCACAUGGCCGCCUUCUUCGCCGCCAGCCGCUGGCUGCUGCGCAACCAGGACGAGCGCGGUGGCUGGCCCAUCAUGGUCACCAGGAAGCUGGGCGAGGGCUUCAAAGCGCUGGAGCCGGGCUGGUACUCGGCCAUGGCGCAGGGCCAGGCCAUGUCCACGCUGGUCAGGGCCUACGCGCUGACCAAGGAGCCGUUCCUGGGCGCGGCGCUGCGCGCCACGGCGCCCUUCAAGCUGCCGGCGGAGCGGCGCGGCGUCAAGGCCGUGUUCAUGGACCGGCACGAGUGGUACGAGGAGUACCCAACCUCGCCCAGCUCCUUCGUGCUCAACGGCUUCAUGUACGCCCUGAUCGGCCUCUACGACCUGAAGGAGACGGCGGGGGAGCAGCUGGGCGAGGAGGCGCGGGUGCUGUACGAGCGCGGCAUGGCGUCGCUCAAGGCCAUGCUGCCGCUCUUCGACACCGGCUCCGGCAGCGUCUACGACCUGCGGCACUUCAUGCUGGGCACGGCGCCCAACCUGGCGCGCUGGGACUACCACACCACGCACAUCAACCAGCUGCAGCUGCUGGGCUCCGUGGACGACGCGCCCGUCUUCAAGGAGUUUGUCAAGAGGUGGAAGAGUUACCUGCGGGGAGGGCGGGCCAAGCACAACUGAGGGCUCCUCCUGCUGCGGCCUCCCCGAAAACACAAACUCAGAACGAUCGGGCCUUAAAAGCGCUGCGGGGAAGGGUCGGGGGUCGGGAGGCCGGCGCGGAGGCUGAGGUUGGGUUUUGGUGGGAUUGGGGUUUGUUUUCCUUUUCC